AUUUCUUCCCCGUCUCGGCCUGUGCCAUAGUGUUGGUUGCUUGGAACACCUUUCUCUUUCAUUUGACGUGCCCUAGGAGCUGCUAGAGCAAAGCAAGAGCGGCGCGGGAAAAUCCACUUGGCAGUGGUUUUCUGAAAUGAACGCUCUAUUCGCACAUCGUCCUAUGAGCCAAGCGCUGCAUUACGGGAUCGACAGCAAUGAGCCGGACGAAAGUGAAGACUCCCGAGCCGACACCUGCGCAAGUGAACCUGAUGACGACGCCGAAACGCUCCGAAGUACACAGUCCUCCCCAGAAGCCAGCUGUUCACAGCCACCAAGGAAGCGCACCAGACACAGCAAGCACUCGGGGCUGCGUGAACUGUUCGCUGAUCAGCAAAGCAGAAGUGCCGAGCUCCUAAGACAGAUACACAGACAUGAUAUUUCAACAGCAGCGGCAGCUUUCACAGGAGGAACGGAAUAACAUGGAUCAAUUCAUGGCAAACAUUACAACCUCCUUCCUUCAAGGCACUCAAGCCCUUUUGUCACAAGUGUUCAGCCAGCAGAUGCAAAUCACAGGCCACCAGCCAGCAGUGUUCAGCUUUCCUGCACAAGGACCUUUCGUCACAACAGGGGUGGCCUCCAAUAUCGCAAGCUUCCAACCAUGUCAACCAUCAAACUCGACGCAAGAUAUACCAGCGCAACCAAACUUUCCUGGCUCAACCACAUCAAGGUCGCCUCACUCAUAGGUGACUCAUAUG